GCCAGAGAGGCCACCAGACGGUGGCUCGAGAAGACGCACAGCUGGCUGGCGCACCUUCUCCCUCCAGGGAGGAGCGGGAGCGCCUCUGGCCAUCCCUCGCCACUGCCUGGAGCACCGAUCUGAGAGCAAGAGCCAGCCAGAGAGGGCUCUUCUUGCCAGGAUCCUGCAAAGUUGGUCCAGCAGCCCACUCCCCUUUCCUCCUCCUUGCAGACAAGGCGCCAUGAGUGUUUUCUAAAGGCCAGCAAGAUGCCCGGGCUCUUCAACCGGACAACCAACCGCGCUCUGCCGCUCGCCGCGUCGGAGGUCACCUCCUGCGUCAGCGGCUACGCCUUCGGGAUGACCGCCUCCCUCACCUACCGCAACUCGGAGUGCCAUCCUUUCGAAGGCCUCUUUGUCUACCCGCUGGAUGAGUACACCACCGUGGUCGGCUUUGAAGCCGUGAUCUCGGAGCGUGUCGUGACCAUGCAGAUUAAAGACAAGGCCAGGAUGGACGAUAACUACUUCGACUGUUGCAGCCUCUCCGACGGACGACCCUCCGAGGAAGGACACGUCGUGUUGGAUGAAGAUCUGGAGAGAGCCGUCUUUGUGGCCAACGUGGGCAUCGUCCCGCCACAGGAGAACGUGUCCCUCUGCAUCAGUACCUCGUCGGAGCUGCAGACCCUCACCAGUGGCGCCGUCCGGGUCCUUCUUCCCCCUGUCUGCGUCCCCAGGGUCCCCCAAAACAGUACCGAAGUGGCCGCCGCCCUCUCUGGACACAGCGUUCGCUUCAGGGACCGACAUUACUGUGGUUCCACCACCAUGGACCAGUCGGGAAAAUUCUGCUUGGCCCGCCUUUUGGAGACCGAGACCACCAACCCUACUGAGUAUGAAUUCACUUUCCAUUUGGAGAUCCGAGGACCUUGUUUACUCGCAGGAGUCGAGAGCCCAACGCACGAGAUUCGAGCGGAUGCUGACCCGUCCGCCAGAUCUGCCAAGAGCAUCGUGAUCACAUUGGCCAACCGGCACACCUUUGACCGCCCGGUGGAGAUCUUGAUCCAUCCCAGCGAGCCCCAUAUGCCCCACAUCUUAAUGGAAGAGGGCGACAUGACCCCCACCGAGUACGAACAGCAUUUAAAAGGCCGAAGCGACUUCAUUAAAGGGAUGAAGAAGGACCCCAGCGCAGAGAAGAAGACAGAAAUUAUUCGGAAGCGCCUUCACAAGGACCUCCCUCACCACCCGGUGGUUAUGCUGAAUUUCUGUCCCGACUUGAGGACCAACCGGCCGAACCUCCGGAACACCCAGGGAGAAUUCAUCUUCCUCGUUGACCGCAGCGGGAGCAUGAGUGGGGCGAACAUCGGCCGCGUCAAGGACGCCCUCUUGGUCGCCCUCAAGAGCCUUCUGCCAACGUGUCUCUUCAACAUCGUAGGGUUUGGAUCCACUUUUAAGGCUCUGUUCCCUUCCAGCCAGACCUACAGUGAGGAAAAUCUGGCCAUUGCGUGCGAGAGCAUCAAGAAAAUCCGGGCUGACAUGGGAGGGACCAAUGUCCUGUCGCCUUUGAAAUGGAUCAUCCGGCAGCCCAUCCACCGAGGCCACCCACGGCUUCUUUUCCUGCUGACAGACGGCGCCGUGAGCAACACCGGGAAGGUCAUAGAGCUGAUACGGAACCACUCUUUCUCCACCAGGUGCUACACCUUCGGCAUUGGGCAGAAUGCGUGCCGGAGGCUGUUGAAUGGCCUGGCUAAAGUGUCUAAAGGAAGCACAGAAUUCCUGUCUGAACGGGAGAGACUGCAACCCAAGAUGAUAAAGUCCCUGAAGAAAGCGAUGGCUCCAGUCAUCAGCGACGUCUCGGUGGACUGGGUCUUCCCGGAAACCACAGAAGCCUUGAUCUCUCCUGUCAGUUCCAGCUGCCUUUUUCCAGGCGAUCGUUUGGUCGGCUACAGUAUUGUCUGCGAUACGUCCCUGUAUAUUUCUAACCCCAGGAUGGACAAGCGGAGACGUUACAGCGUGCUGCGUUCUCAAGAGUCUGGCAGUUCGGUUUUCUUCCACUCGCAAGAGGAAGGAGGUCCCUCGGACAACUGGGGUUCUUCCAAGGAUUUAGAAAGCGGAUUCCCUUCAGAGAAGACCCCCGAACAUCUUGGCAUCGUUGGAGACCUAGGAAGUGAAUCUGAUGUAGAUCAGGGGGUGGACGCUGCCGCCAACUCAAGACGGAGAGCCUUCAGCGCUCACCAGAUUGGGGACCGUGAGCCGUUUCGGAAGGUCCCCACCACCAGCGAUCCUAGCUCUGCUUUGGUGAAGAACCCCCUUCGGAAAGCUCACCUGCAGGAUCUGAGCCAGCUGAGUCCGGAACAGCAACCCUGGCCACUUGCGUUCCAGUCUUCUCAGCCUUUCGCUGCCAGUACCCACGUCUCCGCCACAAGGAUCCGAGGCGUCGGCGCCAGACGGCCCUCGCUGCUCCAGCAGAGCCACCUCUCCUUCCUCCAGGACUCUCCGGAUUCGCCGCAGCUCCACGCCGGCCUCGCGCGAGGCGGAACGAACGCUGGCCCGUCCGACUCCCUCGGAGGCUCAGUUUUCGCAGAGGGCAGGAGUCCCGGAGAUGCAGAUUUUGCCCAGCACCCUUCCUUCAACUUUGAAACAGAGACAUCCUCGGAGUGGGAGCUUCCGGACCCGGAUACUGGUUCAUCUGGCAGAGGCUUUUGGCACUCCCCGAGGUCCCUGUGCAAAGCCGUGGUGAAAGGACUGCAGAACAACGAGCCGGUCCAGUGGGAGGUAGUUUUCGAUCUCGGGCCGCUAUUCCAGAGUGGGGAAGACAAAGAUGCCGACGAGGAGGACCUCUGGAACGAGACGUUCCACCACCUGGCUGCCAAGUCGGUGAUCCGGGACUUUGAGCAGCUGGCCGAGAAGGAGUGUGAGAUUGAGCACGGGUCUGGCCGGCGGUACCACGUGAACGCCGUGCACACGAGCAAAGCCUGCAAUGUGAUCAGCAAAUACACAGCCUUCCUGCCGGUAGAUCUGAGCAACAACCGCUACUUGCCGACGGCAGUUGAAUAUCCCGCCGCAGGGCCGGCACUGAAGCUGGGCAGCCAACGGAGCUCCAGUUCUGAAAGCAGGAGGCACCGAGGCCUCUCCUCCGGGCUGGGAAGCAGCCGGUCCACCAGCAGCCAAGACGGAGCCGACGACGCGUCGCACAAUACGAAUGCCGAAGAAAGCAGCCUCUCCCCAUGCAGCACUCCUUCCUCCUCUGGUUGGGAUCGCUACACCUUUCCAGACGUGCCACUACGAAGUCCAUCGGUUUCCUCUCAGAAAUCCAUUGAGAACUUUUUUGCUGCAAGGCUGACCUUUAACAAAACGCGGCUGCUGACUCGAGCCGCCCGAGGCUUCAUGAGCAAAUCUCCCACCAGGACCAGCGAGGUGCAGCCAGAGAGCGACAGCAAAAAAGCCGACUACCUGCCCCUGGUGUCCCUCCAGCUGGCCUGUGGCUCCUUCCUCUUGAACAAGGCCUUCUGCGAGGCCAUCAAUGUCCCCAUGGAGAAGAUCAAGCGGACGUCGCCUUUCGCUUGCCAUCGGAUGGCGCUCAGUCCCUCGGCCAAUUCCUGCAGCCCUCGAGAAGCAGGAGAAAGCCAGACCCUAGGGGCUCCUCAGCCGCCCGCCGACGCUCCUGGUGGAUGUGUCAUCUCUUCGGUAAGUCGAGCAGACAGCAAUGAAGGCCGAGCCCAGGGCUUCUCCGACAACAUGGCGAGGAGCCCGUCCAGCACCCUGAAGGCGGAGAGCACGCUCUCUCCUCCGGCCAUCACCAUCCAGGGCUCCUCUUCGCCAGAAAACGCUACGCUCCCUCAAGAGUCGCCGGCGGACAGCGGAAGAGGUUCGGAGUCCGACGGCUCUGAACUCCAGGCUUGGCUCUUCGGCGUCGAAUUCCAGCAACGGACGGAGCCCGAGGGGAUGAUCUGGGCCACGGCGGUGGCCCUGGCUUGGCUAGAGCACCAGUCGGCCUCGUUCUUCACCGAGUGGGAGCUGGUGGCGGCCAAAGCGAGCCAGUGGCUCAGCCGGCAGGAGAUCCCCGCUGGCCGGGGUCUGUCGACGGUCAAGGGGGCAGCCCAGCAGCUCUUCGUCCUGCUCAGGCACUGGGACGAGAACCUGGAGUUCAAUUUGCUCUGUUACAACCCCAACGAUGUCUAGGGAGAGGAAGGCAGCUCUGAGGAGCAGCCGGGUGGGAAACGGUUGAGCCCCUUGACCCCACCCUGGUUCUCUUCUGCCUUGAACAGUCUCCAUGCGUGGGGUGAAGCCUUUUUGGACAAUCACUGAUGUUGCUUUCAGAGGUCACGACGGUGACUUCUUGGCCUCGUCUCCUGUCCCAGGAACUCCCCCCACUGUUUCCUCGUGGGGCAGGGGCUCAGGGGACAGUGGGCAAUGCUCUGUGUCUUCUUCUAUGGCUUUCUGGACAUGCAAAAUGUUUUACUGCCCCCGACCCAGCUCUGCAGGGGUCAUAGAGUCAUAGAACCCAUAGAGUCAUGGAGUUGGAAGGGGGCCC